UUGUCGCACAGCGGUGGGGUUUCAUGUUGUACUUUUCAUGAUGUUGUAGCCGCCUUGUCAUCUGUUUGGGGGCCAAAAGAAAUACCGUCUGAUGUUAGUACGUAUCUGUUUUGGUGGGGGGGGAUCUGCCAUCUGAAACCGAACGGUUCUGUCUGCGCGAAACAGGGAAUGAACGACGAGACAGCAUCGGACAGCUGGAAGACAAACUCCGGGGACUCCAGUAUUGAGCAAAUGCUGGCUGUGAAUCCCGGAAAGACGCCCAUCAGUCUGCUGCAGGAGUAUGGAACGCGGAUAGGCAAGACCCCAGUGUACGACCUGCUGAAGGCCGAGGGACAGGCCCACCAGCCCAACUUCACGUUCCGCGUCUCCGUCGGAGAGAUCAGCUGCACGGGCCAGGGGCCCAGCAAGAAGGCAGCCAAGCAUAAAGCAGCCGAGGCUGCUCUGAAGAUGCUCAAAGGAGGCCUCGGGGAUCCAGCUGUAGUCAGUGUUGGAGUGGACGGCUUUAUUGAAGUUGAUGUGUCUACUGAUGGAGAAAGCUCUCAGUCGGAGAUGAAGACCUCGAGCAGUUCUCAGCAGUCUGAAUGUAACCCAGUGGGGGCUCUGCAGGAAUUGGUGGUGCAGAAAGGAUGGCGUUUGCCAGAAUACACAGUUACCCAGGAGUCUGGUCCGGCACACCGUAAAGAGUUCACUAUGACCUGCAGAGUAGAAAGAUUUGUGGAAAUAGGAAGUGGUACGUCCAAAAAGCUAGCCAAGAGGAAUGCAGCCGCUAAGAUGCUCUCACGAAUACACGACGUGCCCGUAGACCUGAGGAGCAGCAAUGAGGCUGACGCAGAAGAAGACACCUUUAAUUUGCAUAUGGGAAGCAGAGCGGAGACAGGUAAAAGUAAAGGCUUCAGCUGCACGUGGGACUCUCUGCGUAACUCAGCGGGAGAGAAGAUCCUUCAGCUCCGCAGCCACCCUCUGGGGAUGCCCUCGGAUUCCAACUUCUGCUCUUUGCUGCUCGACCUGUCCGCUGAGCAGCGCUUCGAUGUCAGCUACCUUGAUCUCGUUCCAUCCAAAGAAAAAAGAUAAUUCCCUUUUUUGUUAUUACUUUGUAAUAAUCUUAGUUCAUAUGAAAUGAUGUUAAAACUACAACUCGACGUGUAGAAAAAGUGACUACCAAAUAAAUGAAUUAUUUUAARUAUGAUCCAUUUAACCAAUAAGACAUGAGAAACAUGACUUCAGUUAUUUAAUGAACUUGAACUCCAGGAUUGUACACCGUCAUUUUGUAGAUGCUAAUUCAUGUUAUAAUUUAGAAGAAAAAGUUAAACAGUGUUUAUUUUUAGUAUAUUUCCCACAUAAUUCCUAUUUCACUUUUUCUAUAACUGCUGUCUGUGGGAGUUUUAUAAUCAUGGUUCUGUUUAAAGUUGUUAAAUUCUUGACUAAAACUGAAAAUAUUAAAACCUUUAACUUGAUUAUGUCAAACCAGAUUUUAAGCUGAGUUAGAGUUUAAAAAUUACCUCAAGAACGUUGUGUGUGAUGCCCAAAAUACACCUCAGUAUUUUUCUUUGUACUUCUUUUAUGACUUUGUAAUAUUUUAAAAAUGAAAUGUUUUCAUUGACUGCCCUUUGAGUCUCCGUGUCUAAAAGUCACCUGCAUGUAUCUCUCAUUUGUUUCUAAUUUAAAAUUUUUUUUUAGGUUAUCUACAUUUUAUAUUGUAUCCUGCAGAGAAUUAUAAUUAGAAAAUAUUACAAGCUGUAAUAUUUCAACAAGGAAGUUGGUAACUUUUUUUUACUCCGUGCUUUCAUCGUGUACGGAAACAUGAAAUUCAUGACAAAUCUUUGUGCUGGCACUUUCAUAUACUAAAAAAAGAAAUGUAAAAUGACACUAACUCCCUGAGAAACUGUUGCUCUGUUUAAGAACAUUGUACAUUUUACCGUUGAAUAAACAAACAAUCAUUCCAUUAAAAUAAA